AUGGAAGGUAGAGCAAGGAUCUUCAUCGAGGGCAUGAAGCUGCAGGCAGGAUCACAACUGAGAGGAACUCCCUGGCGGAGGUUCGAGGCAGCCAUACGCAUGUGUGAGCAGCAUGAAGUGUCCUUCACGGCAGUUAUUGGAGCAAGAAAUCUCAAUACGCUACAGCGAGCACUUCUCCCUCAAACAACCAAAUUUGUGCUGCAGGAUUCCUUCUCAUGUAACAUGAAGUUUCCUUUCUACUUGUCUGGUCAAAUCGAUCUGAAAGAGAAGUCGCUGCUUCAAAUUGCGAAAGUUCAGCUGGAGUCCAGCAAGAUUCUGCUCGAGGUCGACGGGAUAGUGCAAGUGGCAGUUGAUGGCUCAACCUCCUCAAAAGUUGCUCUGAUGUGGGCCGUCAAGCACUGCUAUAGGCAAGGAGACGUCAUCCUUCUCUUCCAUUGUCAGCCGCUCCAGUUCAACCCUGGCGCAGGGUAUGGAGCAGAGAAAACCUUUCAGGUCUUGAAGCGAUUUGCCAAAAGGCUCGAGCAGAAAAAGGUGUCCUGCAUUCAAAUACUCGCGCGUGGGGACCCAGCAAGCGAGCUUGCCCUGCUUACAGAGAAGAACAAGUGCCAUCUGCUCGUGAUGGGAUCACAUGGAACUUCUUAUGAUGAACGAAAGGAUUCAGGUGGCCAGUGGCAGCGACUCGCUUCCUGGUUCUAUCGACCAGCAGACAAGACGGCCCCGAACAAGCACGCCGUCGGCAGUGUCUGUUUCGCUGCAGCCAGCUCAAUGCCAGCUCCUCUUGUGAUAGUCGACAGGGUCAAGAGCUCUGAAAGUUACAAGUGAUCGAUGGAUUCAUUGGCUAUGGCUUGCUGAGUCCAGCUGAAGUUGAGCAGAAACAGAGUCUGACGUCAUUCACUCUUCGACAUUGCGGAGCGGCUCCAUCUCGUCGCCGUCCCCAGCUGGUCCGUAGGGGCUGACAGAAGCUGUCAAGCGUGCAACACAAGAGGAUGCAGAGUCUACCUAACGACCUGGUGCCCUUUUCCGAAGACCUUCCGGCCUAACCGGUUCAAGCAAGGACGGCAAGGCGAAAUCUACAAGCAGAUUCAACCAGGCAGUAAGUUAUACAAGCACAGGAACCGCGAUCAUGAAAAAUGUCCAGAUUCCGGUCAGUACUCCUCCGGCAGCGAUAGAAAAGAUCCUGUCAUGUCAC